AUGCAGGCAGUGACUGCGGCGACUGCCAGAAGUGCCCAGUUCGUGACGUCACUGUACGUAGGUGACCUUGAGGGACCUGACUAUCAGACAGUCACUUGGGUAUGGUUAUGUCAACUACGGUCAAGAUGCGGAGAAAGCCUUGGAAGAGCUGAACUUUAUGUAGGACCUUUUGUUCGAAAUCAAGAAAGAGAGAUAUUAGUAGACAAGACGAAAUUAACGAAUGUGUUUGUGAACAUGUCCGAAGAAAAAACUGAACAAGACCUGAGGAAGAUAUUUGGUGAAUUUGGAUUACUCAACAGUGUUGUUGUGAUGAGAAAUGAAGACGAAAAGUCGAAAUGUUUUGGAUUUGUAAACUUUGAGAAUGUAGAGGAUGCUAUUAGAUCUUUUGAGUUGCUUAAUGGUAAGAAAUUUGAUAACAAGGAAUGGUAUGUCGGAAGGGCCCCUAAGAAAUCUGAGGGACCUAGAAUUAAAACUCCAAUUUGA